CUCUCAUUGCUGGUAGCCUACUAUAUUUAAACAGCUGCCUUAGAGCAGAAACAGCAUUUGAGGCUUGUAGUUUGGUUGGCUUUCCUGACUGUCCAGGCAUUUUCCUAAAGGUCCUACUUCUUCUCAUCAGACCUACUGCUAAAGGUAGACUCCAGGACCUAAAUGCUUCCAGACGGAAAGGCGUAUGCAUUAUUGGCCAGACCCCAAAAUAAGAGUGCGUUCAAGCCACUGCCUGUUGUGAUUAUAGGGAAUGGUCCUUCAGGAAUCUGUCUCUCAUACUUGCUGUCAGGCUACAUCCCUUACUUCAAAAGAGACUCUCUUCAUCCUCAUCCCAUUCUUCAGAAGAAACUGGAAGAGGCACGAGAUAUCUCCAUUUUGGACCAGGAUUUGGAGUAUCUGUCUGAAGGCUUGGAGGGACGAUCCCACAGCCCUGUGGCUCUUCUGUUUGAUACUCUUCAGCGUCCAGACACAGACUUUGGUGGAACAGCAGAAUCUGUCCUCACUUGGUGGCAUGAGACUGACAGAGCCAUCCCCCAUGUGGUCCUUGGCAGAAAUGCUCCUGGAGGUGCCUGGCAUUCUAUCGAGGGCUCUAUGGUUACCCUGAGCAGAGGGGAAUGGAUGGGGCUCCCAGAUCUCCCAUUCAAAGACUGGCUAAAGCAAAAGAAAAGAGGCCUCAGAAAUAAUAGAGCGACAGCAGAAGACAUUGCUCAAUAUUACCAACACUAUGUGGUGAAGAAAGGACUGCAGAAGAAUUUCAGAUGCAGUACUGUUGUGACCUCUGUGAGGAAAGUGAGUGCAGAUAGCAUCUCCAACCACACACAAGAAGAUCAGCAAGAGAAUAGUGAUGACUCAGUCUGGAACUUCAAAGAGAAAAGCACAGAGGUCUUUCAGGUGGAUGGCUUUUUCAAAACUAUGAAAGGUGAUAAAGAACCCUUCUCCAUCUAUGCAGAGAAUGUGGUCUUAGCCACAGGAACAUAUGAUAGUCCUACUUGGCUUGGGGUCAAGGGAGAGAACCUUUCCUAUGUCCAUCACCAGCUGUCUGCCCUAGAGGAAGCAGUGAAAAAUGACAGCAUUGGCAUCAUGUCAGAUCCAGUCUUGAUUGUAGGUGCUGGUCUGACAGCUGCUGAUGCGAUUCUCUUUGCUCACCAUUGCAAUAUUCCAGUAAUCCAUGUUUUCCGUAGAAAAGUCAGUGAUCCAGGUCUUAUUUUUAACCAACUCCCCAAAAUGAUGUACCCUGAAUACCACAAAGUUCAUCAGAUGAUGAAAGAACAGUCAGCUGCUUGUGCAGGGCCCUAUGAAUGUUAUGUUAGUUUUCCUGAACAUCAUGUGCUAUCCUUUGGCAAGGACAAGAAAUGUAUCUUUCAAGAUAAGAAUGGCCACCAGAAAGUUUAUAAAAUUUCCAUGGCUCUUGUUUUGACUGGCUCAAAUCCCAACCUCUCCUUUCUGCCAAAUAAUGGCAUUGACUUGGCAAUGAACAACAGCCAACCAGUCAAUCCAAAGAGGAAUCCCAUAAAUGUUGACCCAUUCACUUAUGAGUCCACCCAGGAGAAAGGACUUUAUGCUCUAGGACCUUUAGUUGGAGAUAACUUUGUACGUUUUGUACAAGGAGGGGCUCUGGCUGUUGCCAGCUCUCUGUUAAAGAAAGCAAACAAAAAUCCCCCCUAACAAAUAACAUCCCUAUGCUGUGUCUGAAUAGGUUACUGCUGUUUUCUUGAAGAAGCAACUCAUCUGAUUUGUACGUCCUCAAAUGUAAAGCCCAUACCUGGUAUUCUCCAGGGUUUUACAGAAAGUUACUAAGUUCUCACUGAGUUAUUUGAGAAAAUUAAGUUACCAAAUAGAGUGGGUUUCACGUAUGGUAGUGCCUUCAACUCCUGGGGAUUCAGCUCCUUGCAUGCAUGGCUGUGCAUAAAGGCUGCAGGGGCUUUGGACCUUGUGCCUGGAGAAGUAGAGGGCAAGACAGUGAUUGCUUUUCUUUGUAACACCUUCCUUUUUUUUACUGACAGUUGAAUUGGGGAACAAUCAAUGUUUAUUAUUUCCAGACAGCAAGCUGACAACCCUGUGUGUGUCCGUAUCAUACAGUGUUUUUUCAAUAAGUGAACUAAGCUGUUGUGGUCUUACUUGCUCCUGUGCCUUGGCUGUAUGGUCUUAUUAGACCAGAAAUGACUGACAGAUUCUUCUCUGGCAUGUGAAGUGGUACUCUGCAAAUCAAAACUGACAUCAAAUAGUCAAACUGUAUUGUCUCACUGACAGCAGCAGCAAGCAACAUGUAGUAUCUUUUUAAUCAAGAGAUUCCUGUGAUGAUGUUUUUGCUUUCUUGAGAAGAAAUGAUACUGAUUUAUAAGCAGUUCGUUUACCAUCUUGAAGCUUCUACUUUCCAAAUCCUAAAACUGCAAUAGGCAAAUUCUUGGCAGCUGCUGUCAAAGACGGCAGAACUAAAGGGUGCUACUAGUCUGUCUUGUAACCACCCAGGUACUGUAUGGGGCUUCUGCUGCACAGUGUUUCAGAAAGAUGCAAUAUGUUAUAUAUUGUGUGAAAUUCUAACUGUUUUUUUUUU